AUGAUGAAAGGAUUUAAGAACAGAUUGACUCGUAAUAAGAGUCAAUCAUCCAGUAAAAAAACGGAGAAAAAGGAUAAGGAAAAGGACAAGUCUGAAAAGAGAGCCACUUCUCCAAGCAGCCUGAGCUUGACUACUUCUUCAUCACUGCAAAGCUCAAAAAAUUUAAUGACAAAUUCAUCAGCAUCAUUGAAAUCAAACUCCCCAAGUCCCUCAAGAAAUAAUAGUUCUACAAGUGCUGGCUCUAUAAAAUCGGGUAACAGCAACACCACUAUGACGUCAGCCACCUCACCACAAGGGCUGCCAACACAAGAGUCUCCAAAGAUAAUUCUUAAUGAUGAUACAUCUGGAAACGUAUUUGCUUCACCAUCACAACCAAAUUCCAAUACUUCUUCAUCUGCUUCACCUGCUUCAUCCUCCCCUUUGAAUGCCAACUACAAUCCUGCGCAGCAACAACAACAGCAACAGCAACAACAACAACCACCACCACAACAACAACCAGGAGUUGGUGGGCCUGCACCUUCAUUCAAUUUGACUCAGCCAAUUACUCCUACACCAACUUCCCCAAUUAAUUAUCAACAUCAAUAUGAAGGAAAGGCAACCCACAGUCAACAUGGCGCUGGGCCACAUUAUUCUCAAUUAAAUCCAAACAUUUCUACUCCUGGUAAAGAAAUUGAUAUUGACUUGAUUGUGACGCCAAAGAGACAUUCAUCUUCCAGAUUUGAACCAACUUCUUCUGAAAGAUACCAGGAAAUUGUCAAGUUGCCAAAUUUUGAUGAAGUGUUACCUGAAGAGCAAAUUCAAUUGUUUAUUCAAAAAAUCGACCAAUGUAACAUUAUGUUUGAUUUCAGUGAUCCUACUUUUGAUAUCAGAGGUAAAGAAAUUAAAAGAAUAACUUUACAAGAAUUGAUUGCUUUCAUAUCCAACAAUCGUUUUACUUAUACGGAUGAAAUGUAUAAACAUGUUGUGACCAUGUUUAAAAAGAAUCUUUUCCGUCCAAUUCCUCCUCCAGUUAACCCAGUGGGGGAUAUUUAUGAUCCAGAUGAAGAUGAACCGGUUAGUGAAUUGGCUUGGCCUCAUAUGCAAGCUAUUUAUGAAUUCUUUUUAAGAUUUAUCGAACUGCCAGAUUUUCAACAUCAAAUUGCCAAACAAUAUAUUGAUCAUGAUUUUAUUUUGAGAAUAUUGGAAUUGUUUGACAGCGAGGACCCAAGAGAACGUGACUGUUUGAAAACUACCUUGCAUCGUAUUUAUGGUAAGUUUUUAAGUUUGAGAAGUUUUAUUAGAAAAUCGAUAAACAAUGUAUUUCUACAAUUUGUUUAUGAAACUGAACGAUUUAAUGGUAUUGGAGAAUUGUUGGAGAUUUUAGGUUCUAUUAUCAAUGGGUUUGCUUUACCAUUGAAGGAUGAACAUAAGAUCUUUUUGGUUAGAAUUUUGAUGCCAUUGCAUAAGGUCAAAUGCUUGUCAUUAUACCACCCACAAUUGGCAUAUUGUAUUGUCCAAUUUUUAGAGAAGGAUCCUUCAUUGACUGAAGAUGUUAUCAUGGGUUUGCUUAGGUAUUGGCCAAAGAUCAAUAGUCCAAAAGAAGUUAUGUUUUUGAAUGAAAUUGAGGAUAUUUUUGAAGUUAUGGAACCAAAUGAAUUUAUCAAGAUUCAAAUUCCAUUAUUUGCUCAAUUAUCGAAAUGUAUAAGCUCUCCACAUUUCCAAGUUAGUGAAAAAGUAUUAUGUUAUUGGUCGAAUGAAUAUUUCUUGACAUUGAUUACUGAAAAUGCUGAAGUUGUUUUACCUAUUAUAUUUGCAGCAUUGUAUGAAUUAACUAAUGCUACUCAACCAGGUAUUGAGAAUGGAAUUAUGCAACAAAAGUUGGCGCAAUUCCCUAAUGCUACUACUGAUGCUAAUGGUAAUUUAAUCGAUGGAGGAUUGGUUUUACAAGAUUUACAACAAGGCAUCAGUCCAAGUUUAAACAAUCCUUCACAUCCUCAUUAUAAUAUUUUCCAAGUGCAUGCAUCGGUUAACAACAAUAACAACAACAAUAAUAACAACCCAGACAGUAUGCAAGGACGUACUGAUAUGAAUGGAAAUGAAAUGGCUGAUGAAGAAUAUUAUGACCUGUUUACUGGAAUGGGAGGUGGUCAUAACCCAUUAGGUGAUGAGUUUGGUGGUGGCAGUGGAUUUGAUGAUGGUAAUGGAUUGUUACAACACAAUUCUGCUACAUCUAACUGGAAUAGAAGUAUUCAUUCAUUAGCUUAUGGAGCAUUAAAGGUAUUUAUGGAUCAUAAUCCAAUUUUGUAUGAUCAUUGUACUAUGCUUUAUCAUCAAUCAUUAGCUGAACAAAAACAACGCGAAGCUAAUAGACAAGAAGGUUGGAAGAGAGUUGAAGAGAUUGUUAGACAAAUAAAAGAAAAAGAAACCAGGGAACCUCAACAGCAACAUCCUGCUAGUGGAGUAAUCUAG